CCUCUCUCCUCUCUCUCUCUUUCUCUCUCAGGUUUCUCUCUCUUCUCUCUCUCUCUCUCUCUCCAGAAGGGCAAAACCCUAAAGAGCCGUUUACACCCACCUAACUCACAUUCAUGGAUGAUGACGCAUUGAAUAUGCGCAAUUGGGGUUACUAUGAACCGACUUUCAAAGGUCAUCUUGGCCUGCAGCUCAUGUCAAGCAUGGCAGAGCGUGAUACCAAACCCUAUAUGUCUGGACGUGAUCCUACCACGGUCAUGGUUAGCGCCAAUGGUGCGUUUCAUCCCAGGGAUUGUGUAGUAUCUGAUGCUCCGGUUCCGAUGAACUAUGUAAGGGACAGUUGGGUUAAUCAGAGGGAUAAGUUUCUGAACAUGUUGCCUGCCAAUCCCAACUAUGCUCCUGUUCUUCCUGAAACUUCUGGAGCUCACUCAUUGCAGAUGUUGCAGCCACCGGAGACGACUAGGGAUGAGAGGGUGGGUAGAGUUGAAGAGCCUGUUAUUGUUAAUAAGGAGAGUGGCCCCUCGAAGAAAAGACAGGGUGGGGGUGCCCCGAAAGCCCCAAAAGUGAAGAGGCCAAGGAAACCAAAGGAUAAUACCAAUCCCGCGGUUCCACGCGUGAAGCCAGCAAAGAAGAGUUUGGAGGUUGUCAUAAACGGGAUUGAUAUGGACAUUUCUGGAAUCCCAAUUCCUGUUUGCUCCUGCACUGGAACUCCACAGCAGUGUUAUCGAUGGGGCUGUGGUGGUUGGCAAUCUGCUUGUUGCACGACAAAUGUGUCGGUGUAUCCUUUGCCAAUGAGCACUAAACGCCGCGGUGCUAGGAUAGCUGGAAGAAAAAUGAGCCAAGGUGCUUUCAAGAAGGUAUUGGAGAAACUUGCUGCUGAAGGCUACAAUUUUGCUAACCCAAUUGAUCUGAGGACUCAUUGGGCAAGACAUGGUACCAACAAGUUCGUAACAAUCAGGUAGAUUUACGUUGUUGGUGCCAUUAGGGGACUUCCAUUGCAUCUGGUCUGUUUCACCUGUAUAUAUAUCUAUGGCCUCUUGCAGAGAUCCUUAAGAUACUUUAGAGUUCUUGAAUUUUCAAUGUUGACUGAUGAUACUUGUUCUUGAAAUUUGGAAUUGUUCUUUGUUUUUUCUAAAUUUUCCUUUUGGAUUAUGACAAGGGCUUACUUUGCUGGCCACUGAGACAUUAUGUGGAUGCGUUGUCAUUUAUUAUAUCGUUUUUGGAUAAUAUUCA